UUAUGAUUCAAGCUUUAUUUGAUGGAUAAAUUAUCUUUGUGAAUGGAUUAGUUUAUUGUGUACAAUUUUUUCUCCCAAUGUGUUCUACAGAAAGACAGAUCUCUCUCUCUCCCUGAAAUCUCAUGCAUUUAUUUCAUAACCUUCGGCAUGAUUUGAACUUGUAUAUUUUGUGAUGUGUUGUCUGAGAUCAGUGGAAAUCUAAUCCUGUCGUAGUCAUGACUGUUGCUAAAUAUAAAUGCUACUCUAUUUAUUAAUGUAUUCUUUAAUUUCACAAGAAUAAUUUCAGCAUACCUGCUUUGUAUGGAUCACAUUAUUUGGAUUAUGUGGAUUCCUUUUCUAUUAUUCAGUAGACAGAAUUACGGUGGUGCCGUUCAGUUGCUUCAGUCUUCUUCACUACCUCCAUCUGCCACAAAAACUGUAGAAUAUUCUUCUACAAAUCAGACAGUUAGUGAAGGUGAACAAAUCACAUUACACUGUGUACCAGAUUCGAAUACAAACUUUUUAAUUUGGUAUUUUACACCAAUGAUUCGAUUGACGAAUACCUCAUAUGAAAUAAACAACAUGUCUUCCACAUUCACUUCAAUGGAUCUCCAUGGUGGUAAUUUAUCAAUAGCAAAUGGCACGAAUGAUGAUGAAACUAUUGAACUUGCAGUGUGUAAACCUCAAGUUACAUGCAAAGAACAAACUCAUUUAGUCGAUAUACAAGUUUAUCCAACUGGUGUUCUAAUUGUGACUAAUGCUCAAUCACGACAUAGUGGAAAUUAUCAAUGUGCAAUUCUAGCCGGUGUUAAAACAAUAACAUUGCGUAGAUACCUUAUUGUUCAAGUUCCGCCUAAGAAGCCUGUAAUUACUCUCAGUCAUAAAUACUCACUUGAUGGAGGUGAACAGUUAGAAAUGCAGAAAUAUUUUUUGGAAGGUGAUUACCUGAAUUUGACUUGUCAAAGUUUACAUGGUUUUCCAUCUCCUCAAUUGAUUUGGUCAUUCAAUCCAUUAAGAAAUAAUUCAGGACUCUCUACAACUUCAAUUAUUUCACAACAGACUUCUGUAAAUACACCAGAAUGGAUCCACACGAAAGAGGAUAGGAAGCCAUCCUCUUAUCACACGUCAGUAAUUCCUUACGGAAUGACACUUAGUCUAAUCAGUCUACAAAUAUCCCGUUUGUAUGACGGUAUGAAGAUUAAAUGUAAGGCAGUGAACAAAGUUGGAUCCAGUAUUUCCGACGACUAUGAAGUCAGUGUUCGCUACGCUCCUGUAAUUACGGAUUUUUCAGAAGAUCCAUGGAUUGUGCUAUACGAAGAACAAAGUUAUGCUCAAUGUAGAGCAGAAGGCAAUCCUCCACCAGCUGUAUACUGGAUGGAUCAGCAUGGAAGAAGAAUAUCAAAGACGAAUAUAUUGAAUUCAGCUGUACUAAUUGAAACCCUAUUCAAAGAUGAAGUACACAGGCUGGCAAAGGAUAACUGGAGGACAAAUGUCUCUUGUUAUGCAAGUAGCCCAAUGGGUAGUACGCAAAGGACACUAUCAGUUGAAUUUUACUUUGCUCCAAUAGUAACCACUAACGAAGUUGUAUAUGUUCGAAUUGGUGAAUCCGUACGUUUAUCAUGCAAAGCAAUUGCGAAUCCUCCACCGACAAAUGUAUUCUGGUAUAGAAAGUCAGAUCAAACAUCCUCUUCGGUUAGUCUGCAGUCAAACAAACCAUCUGAGAAAUUAUUCAAAGUUACCAACAGUCAUUCACCUCUUUAUGGAGAUAAUUAUACCCUUGACAAGGAUCGAACACAUUGGUCAAGUCCUGUACUGCAGAUCAACUCUGUUACCAUAGAUGACGCUGGUGUCUAUGGAUGUGCUGCUGAAAAUGAUAUUCAUAUAAGAGGUUUAGACACCUACUCAUAUCGAAGAGAAAGUGAAUCACACUUAUUCGUCUAUUACCCACCUGGUAAACCGACCAUCAGAACAAUAGCCCGGUCACAAAGCAAUGACAACUGGUAUGUAAGACUACAGUGUGUACAGAAUACAAGGUCACCUGGACUACCUGCCCCAUCUGUCAAAUGGAUGUGGAUUCCACAGUCAUGUAAAACAAUGAAAUCUUCUUCAUCAAAUUCAUUGUCUCCACUUCCAAUCAAACCAAAGACGAUUGAAUAUGAAGAUCAAAUCUUGAUUAAUUUAACUGAUCCACAUAUUGAUGGCUUGUAUUAUUGUGAAGUGAAGAAUGAUGUUGGAAAGGCAAUCAGUGAACCAACAAAUAUUACUGUACAUGAAUCACCUCAAAUUGUGGAAGGACCAAACCUUGAGCAUAUAAUGAACCCAUCAUUUAACUUUAAUCUAUCUCCUCGUCUUCGGUGUGUUGCUCAUGGUAAACCAGCACCUCAAAUUACUUGGUUGCAUAAUAAUGCUGUGAUAAGUACAAGUCGUGUGCCGAGUUCGAAUGACAAUCUCUGUUCAUGGAAGAAAGUCCUAACAAAUUUAAGGUGUAUUGGAUUAGACAGAGGUUCUUAUACUUGGGAGACAACUAGUGAGUUAAUAUGGGAGCCUUUCCUUCCAUCUUCUUAUUCUCAAACCGGUGAAGUUGACUCAAGAGAUUCUAAUCAAACCAAACGAUUUCAGUCUACGUGUCAGUCAUUUGAAAUAGCAAAUGAAGGGAUUUACAUGUGUCAAGCGAAAAAUGAUUACGGUGUCGAAUACUCUAAUUCAAUUCAGAUGGUUCUGAAAUAUCCUCCGGUGCUCAUACAUCAGACUAUAUCGAAGCAUGCUCUUAUAGACAUUGAAAGUAAACAGAAAUCAAGUCCCACAAUCGUGCAAAAGACAACAUUUCAUCAAGACAAUGAUAACAAAGUAAACACGCUGAUAUGUGCAUUCAAAGCGAAUCCUGAACCAAGUCAAUUAUCCUGGUUCUAUAUCCCACCACACAGAGUUUCUGUUUUAUUGAGACAUGCUGAGAAAAAUCCCCUCAUGACACAUUCAUGUGACGCUAAAUAUGACAAACAAUUCAAGCCAAUAGUAUUGUAUCAAAACGAUUACAGUGAAAUCGAUAUGAACCCAAAGGAGAGUUUUAAAAUUGAUCUGAAAUCGGGAACAGAAGCUGAAAUGGAAUUAAAAAAUUAUGCUGACUUAAAUUUCACUUACAGUGAUACACUCUAUCUCACUAGUUUAACUAUCACUGGGAGCAAUAUGACUAACUUUGGAGCAUAUAUCGCUAAUAUUGAAAAUGCAGAGGGAUGUCGACAGUGUACUGUGAUUUUACAAAAGCCUAGUAAACCGGAGUCACCAACAGAUAUUACGAUCGAAGAAGUUACAUGGGAUCAAGUUACGCUUACCUGGGUAGUUGGUUUUAAUGGUGGUUAUGAUCAAACCAUCAUUUUAGAAUUUACAGAAAUUUUAACAUUCAAUAAACAGGAUUCAAUGCAAUUGGAUAACCAGAGAAAAGUAAGAAUCACUGGUGUCCCAAAACUUUCGAUCCAACAGAGGUGUCAAAUCUCAGGUUUAACUUCAAAUACGAAAUAUAAAUUUGUAAUAUACGCAGAAAAUAUUUUAGGUCAAGGAAUGAAGUCGAAAGAAUUCACAAUUAUUACAAAAGCUAUAAACUUUCCAAAACUGAUAACACGCAAUCAUCAAACCGAUCUAAUCAAUUUACAAUUUUCUAGUCCGAAGGAUUCACAGUCAUUUUGUAUGAAAACUGAAUAUUCUCUCCUCAAUCGAAUCAACUGGUCCACUUUAAUAGAUACAUGUCAGAUAAACGACAGGACUGUAUCGCUAUCGAAAAUAAAUAGAAAUAUCCUAAGUGAUUUUAGGGUGUCUGUUGAAAAUAUUCCGGUGUUAUCCGGUGGUAAAGGACGACUAGUAAGAGAGCUACAAACACACAAUGUAUAUCGAACACAAAAGUCGUUAUCUGUUCACAGCAACAACUACAACAUCAACAAGAACCAUGCAAAUAAUUUAAAGCAUGAAAAUUCACAGGCGAAUUCAGAUGAUCCAAACUCUUCGGACAUCUCAAAGAAGUUCAAGUCUCCUCGUAGAGAAGCAUUGAUUUUGCAUAACUUUACAACCGACAAAAAUACCCAGAAUAAGACAAUUCUUGAUAGUAUGGAUAACUCACAUCAGAAUGUGGCAUUACAAAUGGAUCAAAACUUUGCCUAUCGUGUCUGGACAUGUUUGAAAAAUCAAACUUUUAUUUGUCAUCAAGCGAAAUCAUUUCCAGAAGGUAUGAUUUCAAUUAUUUUGUGGUAUAUUCUUUUCUAGUCUUCCUAUGUUAUCUGUUUUAAACCUUAACUCGGUGGUUGCUUAUCUACAACACUUUGCCUUCAAAACAAUGCUCGUUUGAAUCCAAUUUUGACUAGUAAUACUAACACUCACCUGAAUCGUAUCCAGCCUGGGUCGUCAAGCCAAAAUAUCAGCAGUAUUGAGUUCUGCUGUUAUAAGUCCAUAAUUUUUGUGAAUUUAUUAUAUGCACUCCAUAAGAGUUUACUUUCCAACUGACUCGAUAAUUUGUAAUGGACAAAUGUGGCCGUUCGACACAACUGUUGACCGAGUGACGUACAAAUAUUUCAGACGCAUUAAAUAGGGAGGUCAUUUUAGAAAACGAAAUUCUCCUCAAGAAUUGAUUUUCAAAGACGUGGCUCACACUAAUAUUGAGCCUAACAUUAGGACUGUUUAUCAGUACACACCCACUGGGACUCUAAAACAGGACCUUUCUGUUACAAGAUGAAAUCGUCGAUCAUUCAGACCUUUAUUUCACAGAAGAUGAAAUUCAUGGGCCAGUGUAUCGUGUCUUCGUGGCAAAAUUAUUUAGUGCUCUCGUUGUAACCAGAGGUCUUGCGUACGAAUCUUCGUCAGUAUGUACUGUAGAAGAGUCGUGACUUAGGACGUGACACUCCUGACAAAUGCUUUUUGGUUUGCAAUGCCUGUCUGCCUCACAAUCCCUUGUACGUUUCAACAUUGCAGUAAGUUGUGAUAAGACUUCCGCAGAAAACUGUGUAUUUGUCACUCAGAUAAUCGUCUGGCAUCUGAAGAAAGCAUUGAUAAUACAAUAAACUGGUACUUUUUCAUAUGAUAUUAUUAUUUCCUUUAAUUCCUAGAGGAAUAUAGGGCUUCAGCAGCGCGUCUCCAUUGCGUUGGGUUCUAUGCUAGGGUAUUCACCUGGCUGCAAGUCUGCCCACAUGCUUUCAUCUCCUACUCACAUGACCUCCCCAAAUUCACCCUCGCACUGACGACCAACUCGCCGUUUCCCUUUCAGGUUCCACUUUAGCAAUGGCAUGUCUAGUUAUGUCACUCACUUGAUGGUUUCCUCAGAGUAUGGCCAAUCCAUUUCCAUUUAUUCCUGUCUAUUUGUUUCACAAUCGGUUCCUGUUGCUGAUUCCUUCUGGCCAUCUGUUCUUGAUUAUUGAGCAAAGAUAACUGUUAAUGAAGGUCUGUAGUUUGUUUGAGAUGCUCUGCGUGACGCGACAAAUCUCUGAUCCCCAUAAUAAGUAGCACUGACUUCACAUUGGAGGUGAAAAUCCGGAUAAUUUUUUUGAUGCUGAGUGUUGUUGACCUCCACACGGACUUGAGAGUAAUGAAAGCUUGUCUUGAUUUUCUGAUUCUCGCUUUGAUAUAUUCGACAGUUCCGCCUGUAGCUGAAACGGUGCUUUCCAGGUAAGUAGGUAAGUAAAGGAGGUUGUUUCUUUCAGGUUCCCUCCCAUUUAUUCCGGCUGAUUGUUGUCUGUUGUUGUUGCUGUUGGUGUUGGCCAGGAAUCUUCAUCACCUCUGUUUAAUUCGUCGGUGGGACAGUGGUUAGGACUCUCGCCGACCAUGCGCAUGGUCCGUGGUUCGAGCCUACGCUGAAGCACACCUAAUAUCUAUGGUCGGCCUGCGAAUUUCGGGAUACCGAUAUCCACGCUGAAAAUUCCACACUUGUACCAAAAAUACAGUGUGUGGAAUCAAGCUGUAUUCAAAAAUUUAAACAAAUAAAUAAAUUACUCAGUGUUCACCUGAAGUGAGUUCCUAUCUUUGAUGCUUCUUCUAUCGCCAACUUGUUACUUUCAUAAGUUAUAGUUAUCACAACUUUAUUCCUACAUGUAACUGACUUGUCUCACUGGUCAUUUUACCAUUAAGCUUGAAGGGUAAUCAGUUCCUGCUCUUUUUCGUCUUUUCUGAACCUAAUAGUGUUACUAUUCUUCAUUAUCCACUUUUCUAGUUACAGCGAUAAACCCCAGUAACAAUAAAUUUAUCAGUAAAUUAGGUUGGAUUGUUGUCGCAAUACUCAUUGUGUUAUUUCUAUGCCUCGGAAUCUUGACACUUGUUCAUGUCUACCGUCGCCGAUCAGCCCACAGAGUAAUUGUGCCAACACUUCAUGACAAAGAUAAAUCUUCACUAAGGAAUUAUACUACGUCGUUAGAAAAGACAACAAAAAAUGGGCAUAUGUUACUCACGGAUUCCAGUUUUUCGAGACAAAUGACGGGAACACCAACCAACUUCAAACUGUCCACGUCUAGUUUAGCAAUUUCACAAUCCACCUUUUCAACUCCAACUAAAGUCAUCACCUUCAACUGUGAUACUACAAACAAUCAAAUCCCCUUGGUGACAUUCACUUCAGAAAUGCCAAAUUCACUAUUGAAAGCCUCGAAUAUUGAAUUAUCGCCUGCAAUUAUUGAAUAUAGAUCACAACCGAUUGAUGCGUGUCCACAUUCCACAAAUAGUUAUACAUUACCGUCAAAUUGUUCUUUUAUACCAAUUAGUACAAAUGAUGGAUUAUGCGCUAGUGAAAAUCCACUAUCAUCCAUUCCAACCAAUUGUGUUGUAAAUUCAUCGUCAAUUUUAAUUAUUCCAGCUAACACAUUUCCUUCAGUGACAUUUCAUUGUUCAACAUGAUCAUUUUGUUGUCUUUUUUUUAAUAUGUGUUGUUUUUAGGCACUUUGCGAUUCCCACCAUUUUGUUUUUCAAACCGAUCAAGGUUACUAAUAUCAGUUUGUUUUGCAGAAGUAGACUUUUAUUAUUAAUGAGUAGUAUUAUUCACUUGUAAAGUGUUGUAUAGGAAAUAACAGAAAAUGCAGUAAAACUUUCAUCCACACUUUUUGACAAAAAUCAAAAACACCUACUUUUGUCAUUAUUUUUUAUUGAAAGAGGAACGAAAUCUUUGCUUUCUUUUUUUCUUUUCUAUUAUCGUUUAUUUUAUAACAUUAUUUUGUGCUGAGUAUUAUGAUGUUCAGAUAUUAAACUCUGAUUGAUUUAAGAAUUAAAAAGGUUCUUUGAAGUGUAAUGGGUGAAUGUAUAUAUGUCUGUGUAAAAAAAAUGUACAUAUAAAUAAUUGUUCAUGUAUAUAGAUGAAAAAACAACAACAAAAUUUCUGUAUUAAAAGUACUUUAGAGUUUGAAAUGUGUGUUUUUCUCGAUUACACAAUA